AUGAGUUGGAGCAAACAGCAACAAACACGCCUGGGAUUUGAAAAAGACAUCAUAGAUGGCAAGCUGAAUAACGUGACUUGGAUCAACCCCAAGUCAGCUCGAAACACCAGAGUCGAGUGGCGAGUGAACACAAACAACGGGAACAGCUACACGCUUCGUGUUUACGUCCCGGAAGAGUUUCCAAACGAAUGCCCCGUACUAGUUGUAAGUUCUCCUUCUUCUGUUUUACGGAAGAAGGACGGAUCUCUUCUCCAGUUUUCCAGCAGCGAAGAUCACGUUUAUGGCAUACACGAUGGUCUGACGGAAAUUUGCCAUUUUAACAAGGGCAUUUGGUCGAGUGAAAAUACCAUUUACCAAGUGUUGAUGAAAGGUCGCAUCUGGCUGGAAGCGUACGAGAUCCACCGGAAAACCGGUGAAAAUCUUGAGAAAUAUCUCGCACACAUGAAUUGA